CUCUCGGAAAUGACGACGUGGAGUUUUAAAGGAUCACACUGAGGAAAACACUGGAGUCCACAGUCAGACGACUUUGCAUCGUUGUCUGGAAGACAGCCAGAUCUGUGUGAACAAGAAAGAAACAUUGAAUCAAACCUCUGCCCUGGUAAAGCUUUUUUGGCAUCGUGUCUGAGGGAAUUUGAAGAACGCAUUUACUACACUUGAAGUCUCCAUUAGGAACUAGUUAAAACUGAAGAUUUAGAGUGCCCAGAGGAGUUGUUAGGAUAAGAGGUACUCUUCACAUACAAGAUGGCCAAGAAAAACAGCCAAAAGGAUACCUCAGGGGUUGUCUUUGAUACACACUCCAAAAUGGCCAUGUCCCAGGGAGGAACUUUUGAUAAAAUGAAAGAAAAGAUCAGUGCUGUUAGGGCAGUUGUUCCCAACAAAAGCAACAAUGAGAUUGUGCUGGUCCUCCAGCACUUUGAAAACUGUGUUGAUAAGACCGUCCAAGCUUUUUUAGAAGGCAAUGCAGCUGAGAUUCUGAAAGAGUGGAACGUCACUGGUAAAAAGAAGCCUAAGAAGAAAAAGAAGCCCAAGCCCCAGGCAGAGCCUUCAGCUGAGGUCGCUGCAGCCGAGGCUACACCACCCGCCGAGACCAAGGAUGCUGUGAAUGGUUUCCAUGCCAAUGGCUCAGUGCUUGACGGUGACUCGAUAGACUCUCUGAGCGAGCAGUUGGACUGUGCUUCUCUGGAUGCAGCCGAGCUGGACUCUGAACCAGCUACUUCCGAAACCACUGGUGCUGAAGCCGAGAGUCUAAGUAGCGCUUCAACCCCUACGUCUCAGCAAGAAGGGAGAAACCACCAAGGUCCUCGAGGCAGCAAGUUCCGUCACAGACCAGGCUCAUACUCUCAUUCCUCAGCCCCCUCCUCCAAGCUCCCCACUUACGAGAGCCAACAGGGAUCAUCUGCUGCACGGAAGAUCGCUCCCAACAUUGACCGCUCAAUGAAAGACCUGCAGAGAUGCACUGCCUCGCUCACACGUUACAGGGUGGUGGUCAAGGAGGAGAUGGACUCCUCCAUCAAGAGGAUGAAGCAGACAUUUGCUGAACUCCAAAGCUGUCUCAUGGACAGAGAAGUAACUCUGUUGUCAGAGAUGGACAAGGUGAAAGCAGAAGCUAUGGCCAUCUUGGACGGUCGUCAAAAGAGAGCAGAGGAACUCCGCAGGCUGACUGACCAAUCAGCAUCCAUGUCUGAGGACCAGUUAACUGAACUGCGUGCAGACAUUAAGCACUUUGUGAGUGAACGCAAGUAUGAUGAGGACCUGGGAAAGGCCGUGAAGUUUACAUUUGAGCUUGAGCCCCUGAAGUUGAGCAUUACAGAAUUUGGAUCAGUGUACCACCCUCAGACGGGCUACUCUAACCGGUCCCGUUGUAGCUCCACCUCCUCCUCCAUCACUAGCCCAGGAUCCCAGGAAACCCUGUCCCUCUCCCAGUCUCAGAGUUCCAGUAAUCACCCUAUUCACCCAAUCAAACAGAUUUUCCAAGGUAACAGGCGCCAGGUCUACCACGCUGGUCCACGGUAUAAUGGUGGUGCCUAUCAUGACCGAAACCCCAACCGCUCAAACUACAGAUACCAGGGUAAUCGGGGACAGGGUGAUGGUGCCGGCUCUACAGCCCACACCUGUACCGCUUCUAACACCACAGGAGUUCCAUCUCACUCUACGACAUCCUCCUACCACCAAGAAAGCCCCUCUCACAAUGGGCUACCACAAAGGCCUCCACGAACACACAUCCCCUGACACAGAAACCUAGUCCAGACCCUCUACUAACCCUCACACUCGACCAUCAGUGACCCGCUUCCUGAACCUCCCACCCCUAAUAACUCUGUUGACUCAGUUGAUGAAGAAUAAAAUAAAAGUUUACAUGUUUGUCAGUUGAGCUGUAGUGCCACCUGUAGGUAAAUCUAAUUCAUCCUCCGAACUUGAAGAGCACCUUGAUUAUGUAAUAUCUUUAUUUGGUAGUAGAUAAAGCAAAAGUUCUCAUGCCUUUUGAUGUAGCAGCUUCCCAUCUACCCUUUAGUGAAUGGUUGCUAUUAUCAGCCUCUGUGUUGGUUGUGUAUGCCCAGAUGGAAUCUAUAGCGAGUAAUAGUUUUCCCACUGCCAAUAUAGUAGUAGUUUUAGUCAUUUAGACUAUUGUUAUACAUCAUUAGUAUGUGUAUACAGGCCAAUAUACAAUGGUUUUACUUUUAUUUUGGGGAGAUUAAUUUAGAUAUGAAUUCAUUAUCUCCAUAGAUUCUGUUUGGUCCUAGUCUUUCUUGCUACUUCAGAGGUUUCUGAAGUUCAAUUGAGCUCAGACACUGUUUGCAUAACAGUUUUGAUUGUAUUUGUUAUAUAUAUAUAUAUAUUAUUAUUAUUUUUUUGCUCAGACCAAUCUAACCAUUUUGGUUCCUUUAUUAAAAUAGUAAAAAAAAAAAAAAAAACACUGGUAGUAGCUCUAGCAUUUAUGGGAAUUUUGGUCACUGGCUGACGUGUCAUGAAUCAACACUACAAACUAUCUAAACUUUAUUUAAAAACAUAGACAUAUCGAAUGGCUUUCAGUAAGGGAGUUCAAUACAGUUGCCUUCACAGUCUCUACCUUACCCUUAUUUGUUGGGAUGGCUUAAUCAAUAAUUAAUUACUAGGUGAUCUGUGGUCAUCCUAAUGUUGCCUUAGGGCAGUGAUAUACCUUUCCCUAUUUGACUCCAUUUUAUGUCAUUGUCUUUGCCUUUUCUCUAUUGCUGUAUCAUCAAGGGAGAGCUAAUUUAAUUAGAUUCAUAGUCUUACACAUCACUUUUUAAGUUUAAGGUUUGAGAACAAACUACUUCCCACAACCUAAAUUUGGACUUAAUACAUUGACUCAGAUUUACAUUUAAAUGUUUCGUACAGAUAGGAUCAUACACACAUUUAACAUGCUUGCCUUCUAUCACAAAAUAACUUCACCUUUGCCUUCCUAGACACACAGAUGUCGACAUCACAAACACUUUUUUGUAAGAUGAUAUCACUUAAAGCUGACAGUCUUGUGGUCAUUAGUUGUGAUGUUAAGAAAAAAAAAAAUCCCUUUUUGAUACUAGUAUGUUCACUUUACACUUAUUGUAUAGGGUGAAAAUGUGAUCAAUCUGAAAUUAUUUUUCAGACUGAUUUAAAAACCUUUCAAGGUGACCAGGUUGGGGCAGUUGUAAAACUGAGGUGACUGAUGCAUGGAUUGAAUUUCCUUUUGAUGCAUGGAUUGAAUUUCCUUGAAUUUCAAUUACAUCUGAACAAAAUCAAGUGAAAUACUUCACCAACGCUUCUUCUACAGUGAUCCCUAGUGAUGCAACAUCUGCUUAUCUUUGAAAGUGCUGUUUAGCUGCAAAGAAUUGUGUGCAACCAAUCAAUAUGUAGUUGCUGUGACUAAUGUGAAAGUACAUGAUAUUACUACUGCUGUAAUCUUUUUGUAGGAUUAUAGUUUUGACAUGGGGAAACUGUAUGCAUUGUCUCUGACACUGUAUAGUGUAAAAGACUAGUUCAAGUUUGUUAAUUCAUCACAUUGUUAAUUCAUCAUAUUUUUGGAAAGGGGCCAAAAGUUUUGGACCAGAAAUGACUAAGAUUUUCCUGUACUUAAAAAAAUGCCAAGUUGUACACCCUGUUUGUAGGUUUGGCAUCAUUUCAGUUCUGCACUGUUAGUCUUAUUCCCACUACUUGUUCCUGGAGAUGCAUGCACUACAGCAUUUUUCAUUGAUACAGAAAGCUGGUGGUUGUCCCCAGAAUCAUAUGGUUAUGUGCUGUUUCUCAGAUGCUGGGCCUAUGUGAUUUAGCCUCCCCUUGUGUAUUUCUACUUUGGGAUAUCAACAAUCUCAGUGAUACCCCACACACACACAUAUUUUGUGAUUAACCAUUUCAAAGCUAGCUUUUUUCUACAUUCCAUCUAUGGGGAUAUAGGUUAUCGCCAAAGAGUUCAUUUUUGUCCUGUCUGAGUUGCUGCCUUUUUUACAUACUUGGCCUGUAAAAUAACUCUUGUAAUUAUAUUGUGGAUUAGAGUAGUGCAUUUCCCUAUCCUCUCCCAUGUUCUUUUUACUUUUCUGAAUCUACCUUGUACAUAGUAGCUAUAUAAUUGUGGUGUGCUCACAAGGGGCACAAUGUAUGAUAUUCAUGUUGAGCAUAGGAUUUACCUCUAGAUGAGUCCAUUUCUUCCUGUCUAAGAUGUAUGUCCUUUUUUCUCAAUGUCAAAUCUGUUAACUCAAGUGCCUUCUCUUGUAUCCCUCUAAUUCAUUUAGUCAUUUAGCAGAUUCAUUCAAUUCAUUCACGCCUUCCACCAAAUACGGACCAAAGACAUCUACCCCACCCCCCUACCCAUUUCAUUACAAGCAGCACUUGGACUCUUUCUCUCUCUCCUCUGCCCCUUGUCUCCUACACAUGAAUGGCACACUUUUCAUUAACUAUAAAUAAAAUAAUGUUUG